AUGACAGCAUCUAUAUUUUUUCUGGAUGAACUAAUAAUCGACUGGCCAUUGUAUUUAGGAAAAACCAGACAUCACCUCAUGGACGUCUCAUUGAAAGGGACCGAACAUCCUCGCGGCCCGAGGCGCGGUCGCAGCUGGGGAGCACUCGCCGCGGUGCUGUGGAAUUCUCUGGUUUUUCACGCAAGGUCAGGCGUCCUGCUGGCGCCCUCUCGCCACCCUGCCCUCCCGUCAGAAGCCCGGCUCCUCGCCGGGGAAGGCCGGGUGCUGGCCCGCCGGGACCUGGGACUUGUGCCACAUGGAGUGUCGGGAGUCUCCAGUGCCGCGCGUUCUACACCACAGGGCCAGGCUGUUUGCUCCCCAUCGGUCGCUGCCCCCAGCACCCUGUUGUUAUUAAGGACUCAUUUGCUUGGAGCGGCAUCAUUACAAGGGUGUGGGGUACUACAUAUACUCCCUAUUUUUCUAUUUUCGAAAGGCUGCAGGCGCGAUGCACAGUGCGCUUGCACGGUGGGGCCUAGUGCUAGCCCGAGGAGCGGACGGGGGCCAGGCAGGGGCGGUGGGCGCCGGCCUCGUCUCGGUGCUGCUCGGUCAGGCUGUCCCGGCGCGGCGGCCUCGGGAGGCCCUGCCGUCCUUCACCCCUGGAGGCGGGCUGGGGGGCGGGGGCGGGGCGCUUCCCCUCCUCAGGGCCCUCAAACCGCAAGGGGGUUUCCGCUUCCCAGUCGAUGGUCGUCCUUUCCCAUCCCCGGCUGCAUCUCCACUUACCCGUCGCCCAUUUCCUUUGCCCAUCCAGGCUCCUUGGCUCCACUGGGGUCUCCGUUCCCUUCUCCCGGUCCCCCCUCCAGGUCGCGGCUCCUUUGUCCAGGACUACGCAGGGGCUUGACCCCAGGGCGCUGGUUUAGGCCGGAUCUGGGGUCCCUUGUCACUCCCAGGCUUCUUCCACUUCCGGAUUCUGGAGAACCGGGAAUCAAGCCCUGCGCGUUCCUCUUCUUCCUCCUUCGUGCUGAAAGCACGCUUCAUGUCUGCCAGGGCAUCAGUUCUGAAAGUCAGUGGAGAACAAGGAGUUUCUUUUUCUUCCCCAGAAGUUGCCUUUUGUAAGGACUGUGUCUGCGCCAGGGCUUGAUACAUGUUGCUACUCCUGGGAGUGUGAGACUGGGAAGUUGAUGGAAAUGUCAGCAUUAGCUUUAAUGGUGAGGCCAAAGGGAGGAUGGACCCAGCAUCAAGCCUGGGUAGAGGAGAACGGGAGAGGGAGGACCAGAACCAGGGGCCCCCUGUUCACUGCCUUGAGGUGUCUGAAUCCUGCCUUUGCUGUUUGUGAGCUCUAGCACUAUGGCACCAGAUACUGCUACACCAUCUCAUUGGCAUGGACCUAUAUGUGGCAGCAAGUCCAUCUCAUCGCUUUUGGUGAAAGUCAGUCCAGUUUGUAAAGAUUCUCAUUGCCUUGGAAAGUGUUCCAGGAAUGGACUUUCUGCAGUAUGAUGACCUGCAAAAGCAGCCCUUCCAUUUACAUUUCAAACUCCAAGUCAGCCGUGUCAAAGUUUGAACCAGGACUGUGGAGGAUAAUGGGUCAGAUGCAAUUAGCAGCCCAGAGAACCGCACGUUGCAGUCUGAUUUAUUUUUUUGCCCAUCAGAUUCCAAGAAUCCUAGUGCUUAAAAGCAACCAAACAAUCGCUCUAUUGUACUGAAAUAAAGCCCGGUUAAUUCAGAAAUCAAUUGCACCACCAGGUGGGGCACACUCUGGCCCCAAACAGAUGGGGUUGAAAACUCCCCCCAAAAUGCAGUCUUGUUAAAUUAAAAACUUGAUCCAGGAGUGGAACAAAUAGGGAGCCAUGAAUGGAAUGGAGUCAGGUCCACUCAGGCGGAUUCUUUCUUCUCCCACUCCUUUUCCUUUAAAAAAGAAAAAUUCCCCAUUUCACUUUCAUCAGUGUUAGCAUCUAUGCAGAAACGCAGCCAUCCACCCUUUGCAGUUGAAUGUGUUACUUUAAUUAGUCUGAAAAUUAAAGGGCAACUCCGGGCCAAUGUGAAUGAUUAUGAAAAUACAUGUGCAUCCCAUGCAAUCUUCUCAUUUAAUUAAUAGUCUUGUAAACUAUAUGGCUCACUUUAAGUCAGUCAAGAGGUAUAACAACUCCAUUUUAAAUAUCCACUUAAUACUUAACAGGAUGUGAGGAACACACUAUAGCAUACGGUCCCUUCUCAAGUUUCACUGUCUGAAAUUUUUCAAAGCUGACCCAAGUCAACCCGAAAAAUGUUUAACACCCUGGGCUUGAACACAAGAAACUCUGUGAUGAACAGACAUUCAAUUACAUUUUUUAAAAGUGAGAAGCAUUUUUGUAAAAUAGCGACUCUGGAAACUAAUUGGCAGCCGCAAAACUUGUGAGCAAAGGCCAAAUCUUGUGGGGAACUUUUACUACAGUAACACGACUCAAAGAAAAUGUGAAUAAAAGGCAUCUUUGUUUCCCAGUCAAAUUAGCUGAUUAAGAAAUAAAACAUCUUAACAUGUUUUUAAA